AUGCUUCAAUGGGGGGUAAUCGAACGAUCCGAUGCCCCGUAUAACAACCCAUUGGUUACCGUGGUAAAAACUGAUGGUUCUAUACGUCUAUGUCUCGAUGCCCGGAAGUUGAACACAAUUAUACUCCCCACUCGGGACGCAUCUCCUCCUAUUGAUGAUAUUUUAGCAAAAUUUAAUAACAAAUCUUUUUUUUCUUCAUUAGAUUUCUCCUCAGGAUACUGGCAAAUUCCCCUAGACUCAUCUGUACGUCAGUACACCAGUUUUUUGUACGAUGGCCGGUCCUACCAGUUCUGUGUUGUCCCGUUUGGUCUGAACAUUUCCAAUGCCGCCUUUGGCAAAGGCCUUGAGGCCGCAUUAAAUAAUUAUUCCAUACCCUGUAUGUCCCCGGACGAUAUUCACACCUACGUGGACGAUAUCCUCGUCUCUUCCCCUUCUUUCGAAAGUCACUUCGACACUCUUGGGUGGAUUUUCCAUAAAAUUUCCCAAGCAGGUCUUACAUUAAAAAUUAAAAAAUGUCAUCUUAUAAAACAACAAAUUUAA